UAAUGGCUUCCUGACUGAGUCUCACUUUGUUUAUGUCGCGGUACUGACAACUACGUGAGCGUUUCUUUUAUAUUAAGAGGAUAAUUACAUUGGUUCAUAAGUUUGUGCUUCAGAUUGUUAUUUUGCUCCCUAACCAACUGAAGCGAUUUCGUGGAGGGAUGAGCUAUUUUGUUGAAUGAAGCGAAUGCCCACAGUCCCGUUAGGAGGAUGAGCUCCGUCGCCGGUCGGGAUAUCCCUGUCUCCGCCACCUCUGUCAGCAACGCUGGAGCUGCAUCAUCGCGGGCCUUGCACGUAGAACUCACAUCCCAACAGAGGCGUCUGCGGCACCUCCGGAGCAUCGCGGCGCGAAACAUCGUCAACAGGAACGGCUCUCCGCUGCUAGACACCUACUUCACCCUGCACCUCUGUCAGGAGGACAGGAUAUCCAGAGGGUUUUACAAGAGUGAGAUCAUCAAGGACUCCUUGAAUCCUACAUGGAGGAGUCUGGACUUUGGCAUGCUGCCUGACCUUCUUGACACCUCGGUGUCCUGCUUCGUGGUGCGGAUAUGGGGAGGGCGGGGGGACCAGUACCAGCUCCUCAUCGAGUGGAAGGUCAACUUGGAUGGACUGAGAUACACUGGGCAGCAGAUCCGCUCCAGAAAUCCAAAUGAGAUCAUAUUUGGAUUAAACGAUGGCUACUAUGCAGCUGACUUCGAUCACAAGGACCACUCUGAAAAAAAGAAGAGCAGUUUGCUUCAGGUUGACCAGAGUUCAGUGCGAAACUCCUACAGCGUCUUCUCCCUGUUGCGGCUGCAUACGGCCCAGAGGGCCAUCAAGCAGAACCAGGUGACGGUGCAGAGGAUUGGGAAGGAGAUUGAGGAGAAGCUGAGAACGACGGCGGCCUGCACAGAACGGAAGAAGGAACGGGAAUGCAUGCGGCUCCGGAUCGGCGUGCUCCGGAGUGAGCUGGAGAGGCAGAGGAAGGCCCUGUGCAGAGAGGUGGACACGCAGCAAAAAGAGAAGGCCCAGCUUCAGGGGAAAGAGGAGGCUUUCUCCAGCAAGCACCGCAGUCUGGAGACAGAGAGGGAGUCGUUAACGGAGCAACAGAAAGAAUGCACGGCCAAAAGAGAGCUGUUCCUGAAGACCAACGCCCAGCUCACCUUCAGGUGUCGUCAGCUGCUGUCGGAACUCUCCUACAUCUAUCCCAUCGACGUGAGCAAUCAGACUGAUUACGUCAUUUGUGGGGUGAAGCUGCCAAAUUCUGAAGAUUUCCAAGCGAAGGACGACGGAAGUGUAGCGGUCGCCCUGGGCUACACGGCGCACCUGGUCCUGAUGAUCUCGUGCUUCCUGCACAUCCCUCUCAGGUAUCCCGUAAUCCACAAGGGCUCCCGCUCCUCCAUCAAGGACACCAUCAUGGACAAGCUCAACGAGAAGGACCGAGAGUUUCCAUUAUACGCAAGAGGGGAGCGAUAUCAAUUUGAAUAUGGCGUCUACCUUCUCAACAAGAAUAUUGCCCAGCUGAGAUACCAGCAUGGCCUGUCCACCCCUUUCCUACAGCAGACUCUGCCAAACCUGAAGAACUUUCUGGAGCAUGGUCUGCUGGUGCGCUGCGACCGUCACAAGGUGUCCAGCGCCGUGCCGGUUCCCUCAAAGUCCCAGCUGGGCGUCUCCGCCGCCGAGGCCGGGCACCUCCCCCGGACCAGCUCCCCGGAUCGAGGCUCCCGCAAGCGGGCCAGCUCCGAGGCCGACAAGCAGAAGUACGGCACGCCGCCGCCCAGCUACAACACCGCCCUGGCCCAGCCCAUCCCCAUCGGCCCCGCCCCGGACCCGCCCAAGAACAUGUCCUCCUCGCUGGACGCCGGCAUCGACUUCGCCAAAGGCCUGGAGGCGCAGGAGAGCCCGGCGGGCGAGGACUCGGACGUCGAGCGGGCGGAGGGCGCGGUCAACGGCUCGGCGGGUCCGGCCGAGAGCCUGGCGCUGCAGGCCGGGGCGGAGCUGUGCUGCUCGGUGGAGCAGGCGGAGGAGAUCAUGGGCACGGAGGCCACGGGGUUCAGCGGCGCCGGGCCCCUGGAGGACUACCCCUGCAUCCCCGUGGAGCACGCCGUGGCCGUGGAGUGCGACGAGCAGGUGCUGGGCGAGCUGGACGCCGCCGGGUUCGAGGAGUUCUCCCGACGCAUCUACGCGCUGAACGAGAACAUGUCCAGCUUUCGCCGGCCGCGCAAGAACUCGGACAAGUGAGGCAGGACCGGAGGGGCGGGGGCGGGGCGGGGGGUUUUGGGGGAAAGCUUGUUGUUUCUUUGUUUUCCUACCCCUAGCGACACGGAGACUAAAGAAAAAAAAUAUAGGAAAAAUAUCUGGUAUAACAACCAAUUUGCACUUCUCUAAGCAUUUCUAUAAUCCUUGAAAAUGACAAUAAAGGAUAUUUGAGGUUGAAACGAUUCCUGGCCUUAUUUCAGAGUGCGUUGAUGUACCACAUGAGAAUAAAUGCUUAAUAAACUGGCUUUUCACAGCACUAGGCCCUCAGCAUGUUUGGGCAUCUAAGCGGCUUGUAGCGAUCUGGGAAACGAACACAGAGGAUGUAGAGAGGAGCACGCCACAUGGGGGUGGGACCCCAAAAACCACCGCCCAGGAGAACUACCCCCUUCGCUGAGGAGUCUGCAGCAGAGAAAGGGGGUCGGGUGUGCAGCCCACCAGCAAUGAAAUUACGGCCCGGGCGCCUGACGGUCCCAACGCACUUAGCAUCCCCUUCACACUCGCAGUGACCUGCCGUCCUGGAGACGGUCUGACUCAUGAAUGUUCCUCUCCUUCCCCGGUGUGAGAUUUCGGUUACCGCCUACAGCGAAAGGACCAUAACGAGGGACGUGAAGUCUCCGUUGUCAACCCGACGUUUAGCGACGCUGCGCUCCGUUUCAUUACGGCAGUGCUUUUCUGUCUCCCCACCCCCAUGUUUAUUUUCCAUUUUUAAUGCCUUUAUUCACACCAGUAAUAAAUAACACUUAAACUAAAUGUUGACCAAAAAUGACUGGUGUAUACUGUGAACAAGUAGCUUUGAAUAUUCCAGAAUGACUACGGCUAAUAAACUGGAUGUUGUUUUCCCCUCUGUUUAUUAAGUCUAUAGCUCCAUAAUUCUGUCCAAUCUAUCCCAGGGCCACACGAUCUUUUGAAUAUUGUUGUUUUUGUUGUUUGUUUGUUUUUGGGGGGUAUCUGUAAUUUGUUGUCAUGAGAGUCAGAGGUGAUUGGACUUUUUUAAUGUGCAGUAUUCCUGAAUGAGAAUGGAUGUUAAUUUUAAUGUGCACGGCUCAAUUGUGCUACUGUUAAACACUGUACACUUCCACUUUCCAUUUCCUGCUGUACCUUUCUUUGACUGAAAAACAAUAUAUGUUUGAUAAGAGACAUUUUUCUUUCUGUAAACUUGCUGGAAGUUCCUGCUGUGUCCCCUAUCUGUCCAGUCAAACUAUUCCAGAUGUAAUGGAUGCCUCCCUUGCUUUGCCUGGCAGCCACACACAUAUGCCCCAGAACUGGACUCGCUGACCACAGGAAAAACUCAUAUACAAUUUUUCUUAUUAUAUUAUAAACUACUGUGGUUUUGCGAUUGUUUAAAAUGUAUUGUAUUUAAAAAAAGAAAAUCAUUUUACACAAACUGCUAUCUUGAGUGAGUGUUGUGAGAACAAUGGCGCUUACUGUACAUAUAAUUUUGUAUGGAGGGCAUUUUAUUAUUAAAGACCACAGUUUGAUCGCACAAA